CUGGGAUACCUGUCAUGGCGGGUUGUUUUGAAAGUAGGAUUGACGAUGCAGCGGCCAGUUUCCAGCUUUUCUCUGAGUCCCGGUGUAAAGGUGAAACUGGCCUCUGCUGGUUUUCGGGUCACUGCAGACCUGCUGCACCUCAGCCCACCACAGCUCAGCCGAGAGGCUGGUCUGUCCCAGCAGGAGGCGCUGGAGGUGCUGCAGGCCGUGAGGAGCGACGGAGGAGGAGGAGCCUCUAUGAGUGCUCUGGAGCUCCUGCAGAAGGAGGGGGAGUUGAGGAGCAUCGUGACCUUCUCCUCUCACCUGGACGCCGCUCUCGGAGGCGGAGUUCCUGUCGGGAAGUCAACGGAAAUCUGUGGAACGCCGGGAGUCGGAAAAACACAACUCUGCCUUCAGUUGGUGGUGGACGUUCAGGUGCCUCAGUGUUUCGGGGGGGUUGAAGGUCAGGCGAUAUACAUCGACACCGAGGGCAGCUUCCUGCUGCAGAGGGUCGUCGACGUGGCCGCCGCUGCCGUCAGACAUUGCUCCUUAUUGGUGGAAGAUGAGGAGCAGCGCGUCGCCAUGACAACUUUCACGGUGGAGACGAUCCUAUCCAACAUCUUCCUGGUGCGUUGUCAUGACUACGUGGAACUGCUAGCCGAGCUUCACCUGCUGCCUGACUUCCUGACAGGUCAUCCAAAAGCUCGCCUCCUGGUCAUUGACAGUGUGGCUCUUCCCUUCAGACGGUUUGAAGACUUGUCACAGAGGACACGAGUCCUCUACGGCCUCGCCCAGCAGCUAGCUGCCAUCGCAACCAGACACCUAGUCGCUGUCGUGCUCACCAACCAGAUGACCACGCGGCUGCGGGGCAACCAAUCGCAGCUGGUCCCUGCACUCGGGGAGAGUUGGGGCCAUGCCCCCACCAUCAGGCUCCUCCUACAGUGGUCGGGGUCACAGCGACUGGCAACUGUGUUUAAAUCUCCAAGUCAUGCGGACGCCACCAUCCAAUAUCAGAUUACCUCUGAUGGCUUCAGAGACAGCGACCAAUCAGCUUGUAGCCAGCCAGGCACCUCCUGCUAAUUGGUCAGAGGCUCAGAGACUGAGCUGAAUGUCAACAUGUCAGUGACACUGUAUCACAUUGACAAUAUGUUGUCACUGUUAAUAUAUAACAUAUGUUGUACUGUAGAUAUAUCACAUACUGUAAAUAUACAAUAUACAUAUAUUUUACUUUUCAUAUAUUGUAUUGUAAAUAUAUAUUAUAAAUAUGUAAUAUACUGUAAAUAUAUAUAUUUU